AUGGAGACCGUGAAGAACGCCUCCAAGAACACCAACAAGGACCAGUUUGAGAAGGGACAUGAGGUGCCAAUUACUCACCAAGAGCAGCCUGGAACACAGAGUGAACUGCCAAUCAAGCCCGCCAGCACCAGAAUACCGACCGAAGACGGCGGCUACCAGCUGUACAAGGCAGCCGGCAAAUUGCAGGGCAAGAAUGCCCUCAUCACAGGCGGCGACUCGGGCAUAGGCCGAGCCGUUGCCAUCCUAUUCGCCAUGGAGGGUGCCAACAGCGUCAUCUCCUACCUUCCCGAGGAGGAGAAGGACGCCCAGGAGACCAAGCAGCGCGUCGAGGAAGCUGGCGCCAAGGCCUGGCUGUUUCCUACGGAUGUCCGAUCGAGGGAGAAUUGCCAGAAGCUAGUGGAUUUUGCUCUCGAGCAAGCCGGCCGUAUCAACAUCCUCAUCAACAAUGCUGCCUACCAGAAGGUGAUCAAGGAUAUUCACGAACUCGAAUAUGAACAGUGGCAUAAGACCUUCGAUACAAACAUCCACCCCUAUUUCUACUUGUCGAAAAUGUUACUCCCUCAGAUGAAGUCUGGAGACACGAUCAUCAACAAUGGCUCAAUCAAUGCAUAUGUUGGCCGACCAGACCUGCUUGACUAUACGUCCACCAAGGGAGCCAUCACAUCAUUCACUCGUGGCCUAGCAAAUCAGUUCGUCGACAAAGGCAUCAGAGUCAACCAAGUCUGCCCGGGUCCAGUAUGGACGCCGCUAGUCCCGUCGACGAUGAGCUCCGAGGCUCAAGACUCGUUCACCUCACCUAUGGGAAGACCAGGCCAGCCAAGCGAGAUCGCAACCUGCUUUGUCUUCCUCGCCAGCCAGGACAGUACUCUUAUCAGCGGCCAGUCGCUUCAUCCUAACGGUGGUGUCAUUGUGAACGGCUGA